CAUCCCAAAGGGGCAAAGGCAUUUUUCUCUACCAGAAACUAAUGGCGAGUCGUUGUGUUGCUUCCACUUUUUCACCUCCUCUUCACGGCUUAGCCGCCAGAAUUUCCAUGGCAACGGUGGGUUUGGUCUCUUGCUCACCCAAGAGCCUCAAGCCACUCUCUAUCUCCAAAAGUUUCAGUUCCAUCUCUCUUUCCGCCACAAGAAAAUCUCUCACAAAAUCACUCCAGGUGAGAUCGGUGGCUGCUGCUGCAGAAGGUGUUUCUGUGUUUGAUGACAUGGUUUCUGGGACUGAGCGGAAGUAUUACAUGCUAGGUGGAAAGGGAGGUGUAGGGAAGACGAGUUGUGCUGCCUCACUUGCAGUUAAAUUUGCUAAUAAUGGGCAUCCCACUCUAGUGGUUUCCACUGAUCCGGCACAUUCCUUGAGUGAUUCUUUUGCGCAGGAUUUGACUGGAGGGACUCUGGUACCAGUUGAAGGACCUGAUUCUCCAUUGUUUGCUCUUGAGAUAAACCCUGAGAAGGCUAGAGAAGAAUUCCGCACUGCAACUCAGAAAAAUGGUGGAACUGGAGUAAAAGAUCUCAUGGAUGGUAUGGGCCUCGGACUGCUUGCAGAACAGUUAGGAGAGUUAAAACUAGGAGAGCUGCUGGACACACCUCCUCCUGGUUUGGAUGAAGCUAUUGCAAUAUCCAAGGUGAUCCAAUUUCUUGAAUUACAAGAGUAUAGCAUGUUUACUCGUAUAGUAUUUGAUACUGCACCCACGGGUCACACUUUGCGGCUUUUGUCUUUGCCAGACUUCUUGGAUGCAUCCAUAGGAAAAAUAUUGAAGCUUAAACAGAAAAUAGCAUCAGCCACCUCAGCCAUCAAAUCUGUUUUUGGGCAAGAACAAACACAGCAGGAUGCUGGUGACAAGUUAGAGCGACUGCGGGAGAGGAUGGUAAAAGUGCGUGAGCUUUUUCGUGAUGCAGAUUCAACAGAGUUUGUUAUAGUAACAAUCCCCACGGUGAUGGCGGUUAGUGAGUCGUCUAGGUUGCGUGCCUCCUUGAAGAAGGAAAAUGUUCCUGUGAAGAGGCUUAUUGUUAAUCAGAUUCUUCCUCCUUCUGCCUCAGACUGCAAGUUUUGUGCCAUGAAAAGAAAGGAUCAGAUGCGCUCUCUUGAUAUGAUUCGGAGUGAUCCAGAACUCUCCAGCUUGACACUGGUACAGGCACCACUAGUUGAUGUGGAGAUCAGAGGUGUUCCAGCUCUUAAAUUUUUGGGAGAUAUUGUUUGGAAAUGACCAUCUGCACAAUGAUUAGUGAAACUGAAGAAUUGCUACAUGGCCAGCUGCAAUGACAAUGCACGUUUGAUCACUCAUGAUUGUGUGCCUUGGCAAGUUCAUGUAGUGAGGACUCAACUUAUACAAAAGCUGUCAGUUUACAAGAAAUCUAGAGUUAGAGAUGCCAGAAAACUGGGUUGUACCCCCCCACCCAGAGUAUAAAUUUGGAUGGGGUCUCACCAUUCUUGCCCCAAAAAUCUUUUGAGACGUGUAUAGAACGGGUUUCUUUUCCUAUUUAGCCUUGGAUAUACUUUUUCUUUCUCUUUUUUCAAUCAAUUUGCAUGUAUUUGUGUGGG